AUGGAUCCAGAGUAUGCUCCUGGAGUACUAGAUCUGAAUGAGCCAAUACCCGAGGAUGUCAGUGUGUUUGACGAUUUGCAAAAAGAACAUACACCACUGAACACCACAAGAACCUCGAGCAAUGCAGAUGUAACAAGAAGUUUUGAACAAAGCAAGCAUGCUAGUGGUAGCAACAUUGGUGCAAGUUCUGGACAGAGCAAGCAUGCUAGUGGUAGCAACAUUGGUGCAUCCGCUGACACAGACCCUAUAACAGGUGAAACACUAUCUACUGAUGAUUCAGGAGGUGACGACGAUGAUGAUGAAGUCCAAUCAACUCUAGUAAGCCAAACUGAAGUGCAAACACCAUAUCCUGGCAUGAUUUUCGAUUCAUGGGAUGAAGCGAAGAUGCAUUGCAACAGAUAUGCUAAGAAGCUUGGAUUCUCAAUCAAGUGUAGUACAUCCAAGAACUCGACAGUUGAUGGUCAGAAUGACAAACAGAUGUUCGUUUGCAACAAGAAUGGCAAGAAUGAGGACAUAAGCAUGCAAGAGGUGGCACCGGUUAGGCAGCGGAACAAAAGCAUCACUAAGAAAACUGAAUGCAAGGCCAUGCUAACGAUUAAAAGGAAAGGUAAAAAGUGGCAUGUAACAUAUUUCAUUGAAGAGCACAAUCACAGCAUGAUAAAGAAGUUCUCUUUGAAGAAAUAUUUAAGGUCUCGUAAAGGAAUUCCUAAGGAAGAAAGAGACUUUGUCAAGCUCUUGCAUAAGGUGAAUCUCUCUGCUGGAAGGGUAAUGAGGAUCAUGGGAGAAGUCUAUGGUGGUCUGGCCAAUGUUGACCGCAUAUUUUGGGUUGAUGGGCCAGCAAUAGCUGCAUACAAGAACUACAGUGAUUGUCUCUCAUUUGACACCACGUACAUGACAAACAUGUACAAUAUGCCGUUUGCGCCGUUCAUUGGGAUCAAUAGGUGGCACAUUAAGCAGAAUGCGCAGGCAGUUUUGGGAAAUUUCUUGUCAAAACAUGAGGAGCUAAGGCAAGAGUUGAAUGAAAUUAUUGACUACAGCAUGUCAGUUGAUGAAUUCGAAACAAGGUGGGCAGAUAUGCUUCGCAAACACAGUGUAGCGGACAACACACAUCUUGCUGAUUUGUAUCACUUGAGAGCAACUUUUGUCCCAGCUUACUUCAAGGAUCGCUUCUUCCCGUUCCUACAAACUACCACCCGGAGUGAGGGGUUUAACGCUGUUCUGAAAACAUACAGUAACCCUCACCAGAGCAUGCAUCACUUCUUUGAACAAUACUUGAAGUUGCAAGAGAAAAUUAAUGUAGCGGAGGAUUCAGUUGAGUUUUUGGAUGAAGAUAAGACUUUUAGGGUGUGGGGUGACUACCCUCUUGAAGAGCAAGCGUUGAAGGUUUAUACGCGACCCAUAUACUUGCGUCUCAGGGCUGAGCUUCGUAAAAUGACAUCCUACAAUGUACAACUUAUUGGUGGCCAAAGUUACAAUGUCCUCCCAAUUAAAACCUACGUCUAUGGCUAUGGUAGUAGGAGCUACCAAGUUGAGGCUAAUGUCGAAACUGAAACUUACAACUGCGAGUGCUGCAAGUUCAGUACUGAUGGAUUGCUUUGCUGGCAUAUAUUCAGAGUAAUGGUGCAAUUGGGUUGUAUUAACAAAAUUCCAGAGAAAUACAUACUAGACAGGUGGAGAGUACAGGAGGAAACAAUUGUGGAGGAAAAAAUGGACUUGCCUAAGCAGCCAGUGGGCAGGAAGAUGAAUAACAAAGAAAGGCAGCAAUUGCGUUACGGCACUCUAUGCAAUGACUACACCAGAGUAGCAAGAAUGGCAUCGACAUCAGAAAAAGGGAAAGCCAUUGCAGAUAAAUACAUGAUGUAA